AUGGACGGCUUGGCCCCAUCGACGCUCUACACCGUGGAGGUGAGUGGCGCCAAACUCCUGGUCGACCGAUGCAGCUUCCGCACACUGCCGGCUGGGGGCUGGAGGUUGGGAGAAGGCGGAGGCCGUCGUUCACCUUGCUUCGCCGUCGCCAGCUGCAACUGUGUCUACGAGACCAGGAAGCGAGGUGUCUCGAGACAAGACCUCUGGGCAAACCUGAAGCAGCGGCUCCAAUCGGGCGUCCCCGUGGACUACAUGCUUCAUCUAGGCGAUAAUGUAUACAUGGACAGCGACUGGCAUCUCAUCGAGUCGGGCAGCAUGGAACUUGAGGAUUGUGACGACGACUGCAAGUGGGGAGUUGCUCGGGACUGGCUCCUGAAGCUGAACGACCCGUCAAAGUGGAGCCAGCACGAAAAGGAGAUCGAGGAGCACUUCCGGAACGUUUACCGCGAGACCUGGGGUCAUCCCUGGGUUUUGGCCAAUGUGCCAAACCUGAUGAUUCUUGACGAUCACGAUAUCCGUGAUGAUUGGGGAGACCGGCCCGAGGACAAGCAAAGCGAGUCUGUCGACAGGUUUUUGGGUGAAAUCGCCUAUCGCAUCUUCAACUCCUACCAGCGCCUUCUGCACGAGGAUCCUGUUCAGCUGCCAGACGGAACGAGCUGCGAACCAGAAUUCGAUUAUCAUAUGCACGUCUUCGGAGAUGUGGGCUUGCUUUUCGUGGACGUCCGUGCCUGCAAGACUUUCCACUGGAAAGAGUCGGAG